AUGAAGUUUGGGUUGCUGGUGGUAUUGGCGGUAGCCGUUCUGGUGCCCAGCCUGUCCGAAGGCCGGACCGUCUCCAAAUGUGAGCUGAAAGAAAAGCUCGGGCAAGCAAUGACGCUGCCCCCACAGCUUCAAAAGUUCAAGGAGGAAUACCUGGCAAAAGUUAUCUGUGAGGUGAACAGCUGGUCCCGUCUGAACACCAACCUGGUCAAGGUGUUCGGCAAACGCACAACUACAACCACAGCCACGCCAACAACUACAACUCCUUUCAAAACUCUCGCACCACAAGUCAAUGAAACGACUGCUGCACCAACAACUAUCCAACUGAAUACCACCAGACCAAUACCAACAGGUGCCACAAAUUCAACCCUAGGCACAAACGGAACCAGAGCUGGCAUCAACAGAAGAAAGCGGGACGCAAGCAGCAAAGAGUCUGACUCAGCGGAAAUGUACUUGAGCCGGGAGGAAGUGAUUAACAAGGUGACGCUGCAGGGUGUCGAUAGCAUGUCCAAUGAGGAUGGAGAAGAGGCUGAGGAAGGUGGGAAACCUAAGAAGAGAUCUAGUGAGAAGCGAUCCGGUAAGAAGAGCAUGAAUUUGUCUCUCGGCCUUCACGGGAUCUUCAAGAUGUCUGACGGUGAGGAGAGAAGCAAGGCGAGCAGCAAAGGGAGCAGCAAGGAGAGCAGCAAGGAGAGCAACAAGGAGCGCAGUGAGGAGAGCAGCGAGGAGAGCAGCGAGGAGAGCAGCAAGAAGAGCAGCGAGGAGAGCAGCAAGAAGAGCAGCGAGGAGAGCAGCAAGAAGAGCAGCGAGGAGAGCAGCAAGGAUGAAGACAGUGAUGAUAAGGAUGAAGAUGAGGAUGAAGACAGUGAUGAGAAGGAUGAAGACAUUGAUGAAGACAGUGAUGAGAAGGAUGAAGACAAGGAUGAAGACAGUGAUGAGAAGGAUGAAGAUGAGGCUGAAGAAGGUGAGAAACAUAAGAACCAAUCCAGUGAGGAGACCAGGCAGUCGUCUCUCGGCCUUUACGGGAUCUUCCAGCUGUCUGACGAGACCUUCUGUAAUUCUGGUUAUCGCUCCUCCAAUAACAAAUGCAACACAACCUGCGACGCCUUCACUGAUGACAACAUUAUGGAUGACAUCGCUUGCUUGAUGAACACUGAUCAGUGGAGGUUGUUUUUGAAGUCCGCCUCUGGCGAGUGCGAUUAUUGCACCAAGAACUACUUUGACGAGUUGCUCAAGGAACAUAAUAUUCAAUGCUGGUAUCAGACUAAUUUCCUGUUGCAUCCUGACCAGAGCAGCAAGGCGAGCAGCAAGGAGAGCAGCAAGCCGCCGAGCAGCAUAUCCGAUGAGGAUGAAGACAGUGAUGAGAAGGAUGAAGACAGUGAUGAUAAGGAUGAAGACGAGGCUGAGGAAGGCGGGAAACGUAUGAAGCGAUCCAUCGAGGACCAAUCCAGUGACGAGAGCGAGCAGUCUGAGAUAGGAACAGAGCCAGGAGAGUGCGGUGCUACUGAUGUUGCAUUAGGUUUCCAGUCGGGACAGGAGGAUGGAGUGGUUGAUGGUGUCGAAGGCUGCAGUGAGGUCGAGCAUGAUAAGAAUGGAGAGGUGGCCAGAGUCAGAGGAGAGGAGGAGGUCAUUGGUGACUUUGAGGAGGGCCGUUUCAGUGCUGUGUUGUGA